GUCAUUCUCAUUGAAUGAUGAUGCUCAAUGAAUUAAAAGUAUUUCGUCCUUCUAUCUUAUAUGAUCACAAAUGUUGAAUGAUUUUCUCAUCGUUUAGAGGGCGGCUAACCUGAGCGCUGUCGCAAUGAACAUCACUCAAAAAGAAAAGUUUAAAAACUUCAAAAUGUACUACAUCGACUUCGAUAUACACGCAAUCAUAAACAUGUGGGAAACCCAAGGUGGGGAAGCAUGGGAAGUCAUUGAACCAGUGGACGGAUUUCAUCCAGGACAAAUAUCUCAAGCUCUCAGUGCAGAGUAUAUGUGGAACCAGAUGCAAACAAAGUAUCCAGAAAUAUUAGGGGCACCGAAUCCAAAUAACGAUAAAAUCAGGACAAUAUUUGGUGAUCAAGGCGGACAUUGAUAUAUUAAUUGGCCUAAUUGUGAUAGCCUAAUUGGUAGCGGGUUGGGUAAUUGUGAGCUGGUUUACUAAUUCAAUUUGUGAUGAAUAAAUAAAUCCUUUAAAAAUAUAGAUUAUCAUUGACCAUUCUGCGGCAAUUCCU